AUGUCUACGGCCAACGCGGAGGAAGAACCGCCGAAAGCGCAAUUGACUCCUGUCUCUGUCAGUCAUCCCAAACUCAUUCCCUCUCAAUGAACAGAACUCUUUUCAGGUUCCUGAAAAGUUUGAAGUGCCCACGGAACGCGAGCGUAACAUUGGAGAAAAGAAGAAUGGUUACGAGUAUUUCAUUGUUGUAAUCAACUACCGUCCCGGGCUCAAAUUCGGACUCGGCAUCAAGAAUGUCUUCAAAAGCAUUUUUGUGAUCAAAGCCGAAGAAAGUGAGGAAGGUUCUUGUGGGAAAUAGACUUGAAAAAUAAAGUUCAGACUCGAUAGUGACCGGUUUGUUCAACGUGGCCGAUAGAAUCAUCGACGUGGAUGGCGAACCGGUGAACGAUAAUAACCGAUGCAAAGGGCUUCUGAUUAGAGGUUUGAAGGAGAAGAAGACGGUGUCGUUGCUCGUGGAGAGAGGCAUCACUGAGAAGACUCUGAAGGCUGCGACGGUGAGAACAACAUCUUCCAGAAACAUCGUCGUGAUUCGACAUUCUAAAUUCAGGAUGAAAUGAACGAAGAGCACACUCAGUCUGUGAUGGCUCCUCCUGAUGUUCGGAGCAUCAUGCGCAAGAUGGAGCUGCGCAUUCGAAAGUCGCCGUCCGCUGAGGGAUGCGUCGCGCCUGCUCCCAUUCCGAGUGCUCUGUCGAAGAACAAAGAGGGCGCGAAGAUGGACCGCAAGCCGAUUGUGGUGGAGGACGGGCACAAGUCCGUCAUGAUUCGCAUGGACAACGAGGAGAACCGCGACAAACUGCAGAAGGUGGCACCGAAGAAGCCCCCGCCGCCGCCACCAGAGCCCAAGAAACCGGCCGAGCCGCAUCAGCUGGUCAACAUUAUCGCUCCGCCGUCUCCUUCUCCGGCACCACCGGCUCAGGCAUCUCCGGCACCACCGGCUCAGGCAUCUCCGGCACCACCGGCUCAGGCAUCUCCGGCACCACCGGUUCAGGCAUCUCCGGCGCCAGCGCCUACUAUUCAGCCUCCAACAUCUGCACAGUCUCAAGCUCCUACUCAGCCUUCUGGGCCAAACGACGAAGCGUGCUGUGAGCCCGGGGCUCCAGUUUCCCGUCCGGAGGAGAAGAAGAUAACGUCGAAAAUGAAGGAAGUCUCGAAAUCGAGAGAAGUCAGCAAACACUAG